AUGCUGUAUACAACGCCAUCAACAGUCCGUCAUGGCCGAGUUUUUCGUACGUUCAGCCAGGACCUCGAAUCCGUCGCGCUGGCCGUUAUAACGUUUAUGUCGGGAGGUAUUCUAAUGUUCUUCACUUGCUUUAUCGUCACCAAAUGUUUCCAGUGCUACAAAGCCAGGUUGAGGAGGAAGAGGAGAAAGGCCCUUGGCGAGGAUGACGAAGACGAUGAUUUCAACGCCGCAUUGGCAGGUGGCCAUAUGCAAUUUGAGGAUUCUGAAGAUUCCACUGAAGAAACUGAUGACGGACGUCAGCUCCGCGACUUGCUAUGGGAUAAUGCGUACGAUCUCAAUAUUUUGCCCUCGGAGGUGAAGAAGGGCAAUCCGGAAGAAGCGGAAGCUGUCGAAGCCCUGCAUGAGCCGGAUGCCAGUUCGGAAGCACCAGAUGAUGAGCUUGAGACCGAGGUUCCAAAGGUACCGGGCAGUCAAGCUCAAACGCAGAAAGCCGAAGCUCCAAACUUUCCGAUCGUCAAUAAUCAGAUUGCGAAAGUGGCUAGCGAUAAGCCAUCAUUGAACACAACCUUGGCAUCAGCAACGCCUCCGCAACCGGAACAUGCGACAAGCACGGGAGAUUCAGUAAAUAUGAAUGGGAGCUCAGAACUGAUCGAUACCUCGUCGCCGGCUAUCAAACUGGAUUCUGCUGCCCAACUACUGCCUGGCGGAUCGACGCUUGAUCAAAGUGCCUCUGACAGCUCGGCGAAUUCGAGCAGUUCAACUUUUAAUACGGGCCCAAACUCGACAGCUUCUUCUCCCUCUCCGGUCACCACCAAUGUAUCCAGGCAAAACCUCGAAGCCAAAGUCGAGACGCUGAUCCAGCAAAUCAACGAUUUGAAAGAAAAUCUUAAUUUGGCGCUAAUGCAAAAAUCCCCGGAUCUCAAGAUGCCACCGAAAAAGUUCCAGUGGCUAAAGAAGCAGAAGGCCAAGCUCAGCCUGGGCAGGAAGCUCAAGUUCUGCAACCACAUGCCGAUGCUGACGGCUGAUGUUCCGAAGGUUCAGCCAUCGGCUCAAACCCUGCCUUCUGGAGCUCUACAACCGGGGCAACACCAACCGGAAGGAUUUCGCAACGUCGCACCGCUGAUUCCUGUGCCGGACAUUCUGCCACAGACUCAGAUCGCAGCGCAGGAACAACCAACUGCACCAAGCGCCAAGUUGGACGAAGUCGCCCCCAUAAACUUUGUUGAAAACUUUCCCCAGGCCGAAGCGCAUUCAAAACGUCUGAAGCCAACGAAAUCUGAAGCUUCCCCAAAGCAGAUGCCAAGUGAUGAAAAGCCGACCAACCCUUCGAAGUCUGCGGUGCAACAAUCCGGCCAAGCAGUUCAAAAGCAAACCCAACCCCAACAAAUGAAACUAAGGAUGAGCGGAAGAAAAGUGGAAGCCUUUGCGUUAGAUGCACGAGACAACACGGCUCACAAAGCUCCACUGUCAAAAACCGGAAAAGCGGUGGGCAACCAGCCAAAGAACAAGCCCGUACGUAAAGAACGACAGCGAAGUUUGAGUCAACGUGGACGCAAAAUCAAGAGCGACGAUGGACAAAAGGAUACGGGAGAUGGUGAGGACAGCCCCAAGGACGAUCAGCAUCAUCAAGAAGAAACGGGUAUGGUCGCGAUGAAUAAGGAUGUGACAAAGUGCGACAACUUUGCGAAACAAACGAAUGCGAUUAGCAGUGAAGUGAAGACCGUUCAAGUAACUCAAACAAUCCAUUAUGAGUCGACGCAGGCGAAAAUUGGGCUCUCCCAAACCUCGCAAGCGAACCAGUUCUUCUUUGCCGGCUGUGAAAACGCGCAGCAGUUCGAGCAGGGUGAGAUGGAGAAAAUUAAGACCCAGCAACUAGUCGCGUGGGAAGAGUUCGACGCUGCAAUCAAGGUCGGCGAUUAUGCGCUUCGGCUUUUUGAGGAUGCGUUCAAGGCCGGAUCCGACUUUGACACCAAGUUGACGGCACUUUGGCAAAAGGACUGCGAUCUCGAAUUGGUGCUAGCCGGUCACUCGAUGGGCGCGUGCGUGGCGCAAAUGAUCGCCCUUACGGUGAUUACCAGGCAAAGAUGGCGCCGUACCGGCGUUAGAUAUUUUGGAUUCGGAGCGCCGCGAUGCGGCAAUGAGUUGUUUGGCUUUAAGGAGGACAAGGACUAUGUCUUCAAGCCGACCGCUGAGUGGCAAGAAACCGGUGUGGCCGAGGACCUUGGCUCGCACUUUGGAUUCAAUAAAUUUAACGACACGGCGAUGGAGAUCACUUGCUGCAUAAACGACUCGGACUGUGCUGCUCUGAGUAUGGAAUGCGGCACGAAGGGAGUUUGCAAGGCGCCAGCACUGAUGAUCGAUCAACUGGAUAUUAUGACCGUGGACCAAACGCAACCACGUAUACGGGGUACAUGUGGCUGCUACCGGAAAUAUUUACGCGGAUUGGACUACAGCCUAUUCUAUAUAUCGCUCUAUAGCUCACAGGCCGACCAACAAUAUCGUCCAGGGCUUCUAAAAUUCCUCAAGGAGACAAAAGCGAUGGGCAGGAAAAUCGAGUUAUUUUUCUUUCAACAAUACGAGGGCGAAGGCGCGGAAAAGGACAACAAUGAGAAAAACUUUGAAAAAAUGAAAAAAGAGCUGCCCGAAGACACAAUUCUACGACCCUACCAUCCGGAACACUCCGUGCAACUCGCGCAAAAAGUUCAUGCCACCUUAGUCCCGUGGUUUGUGCUGUGGAGGAAGGGGAAGAUGGUGCAAAUCGACCAGAAGGAGCUUGUAAAAGGCUUUUGGGAUAUUCACUUGGGGGCCAAUACGACGAAGGCCUUCCUGGAAGCGGUGGAUAAAAUUCAA